AUGCCGGCGACACGGAGGACGACAAGAAACAUCCCGGCCACGCCGCGGGUCAUCUCGCCGAGCCCGACACGGUCCGAACAAGGCCGCAGCGGGCCGGAGUCCACGACAACCCUGCGCUCUGGCCCAACAACACGGUCGGCAGCGCGACGGCGCCUGGCUGCUUCUUCGCAGCCGACCAUCGCGGCGCUCGACGAGCUCGACUCGGACGAGUCCCCCGACCUCCAACGAGCCCGCAGCCGCAGCCGCAGCCCGAUCGACUCGCGCACGUUGCGCCGGUUAACAAGGCGGAAAUCACCAGCCACCGCGACAACGAAUGGCCACACCUUAUCAGCAACAACCACAUCCCCGCCAACAACCAACGGCCACGCCCUCCCCCCCACCACAGAAGAGAAAAACAACCACCUCUCCCCCCCCUCCUCCGCGACAACAUCCACCUACUACGGCUGGUCCUGGCGCGACUUCAGCCGCAGCCCCAGCCCCCUGGGCCUCAUCCCCAUCCACCGGCGCUGGCGCGCCUUCGUCCACAAACACGAAGUUCCGCGCAAAGCCCUCCACGUCUCCAUCGGCUUCUUCGUCGUCUGGCUGUACCUCUCGGGCACGCAAACCCGCGCCGUCUGCCCUUACCUCAUGGCCGCGCUGGUGCCCAUCGCAGCUGUCGACGUGCUGCGGCAUAACUACGCGCCUUUUAAUCGCUUUUACGUGCGUGUGUUGGGCGCGCUGAUGCGCGAGAGUGAGUUUGAUGGGUAUAACGGGGUUAUUUUUUACCUGUUGGGCGCCUGGGCGGUACUCUACUGGUUCCCCAAGGAUGUCGGGGUCAUGGGGACGCUGUUGUUGAGCUGGUGUGAUACGGCGGCGAGUACGUUUGGGCGGUUGUACGGGCGGUACACGCCGCGGAUUCGCAAGGGCAAGUCGCUGGCCGGGUCGCUGGCGGCGUUUCUUGUGGGGGUCGGCACCUCGGUGUUUUGGUGGGGGUGGUUGGUGCCGACUAAGGGGCCGUUUCCGGGGGAUGAGUUGUUUAUGUUUACGGGGGCGCUGAGUUUGCCGCGCGUGGUGGUGGAGGCGGUGGGGAUGGAACCGGCGAAGGCGACGAUUACGGGGGGGUUGGCACUGGGGGUUAUGAGUGUGUGGUCGGGGUUGGUUGCGGCGACGAGUGAGGCGUUGGAUGUGUUUGGGUGGGAUGAUAACUUGACGAUACCUGUUCUGAGUGGGCUGGGGAUUUGGGGGUUCUUGAAGGUUUUUGGUUGA